AUAAAUACUACCCUCAAUUUCACCAUUUCUCCCUUUCCUUCCCACUACACAAACACAAUACCAAACAAACAUCGCUACCGACGUUGCUCCUCAUCAUCCUUCGUCUUUACACUUCUCGCUUCAUCCUCUCUCUCCGAGCAGGAAGAAGCAUGGUCGUGAUUAGCAUUAUUUGAGUUGACGAUGAAAUUAUGAGAUUCGUAUAUUAUUCUUCUAUCGCCAAAAGUAUCGAGAGAUUCGUAGAUAAGAACAUUAGGAAAAAUAUGUCCCAAGGAGAGUAGAUGGCAUGGCAUCAUGUGGGAAUAUGUUGGUAUGCAGGGGAUAAACCUUGAAUUAUUAAGGGAAUAAGACGAUAUGGAUGCUGUAAAAGGCCAAGGCUUGUACCCUUUGCACCGUUGCAAGACUAUUCACUUGGUGAGACAUGCCCAGGGAUUCCACAAUGUUGCUGGAGAAAAGGACCACAGUGCAUACAUGUCACCAGAGCUUUUUGAUGCAGCACUAACCCCUCUUGGCUGGCAACAGGUAGACAAUCUGCGGAAGCAUGUUCAUUCCUUAGGUCUUUCAAAGAGGAUUGAAUUAGUAGUUGUAUCUCCGUUAUUAAGGACUAUGCAGACUGCUGUUGGGGUUUUUGGUGGAGGAGGUUUUGAUGAUGGCAUCAAUGUAGCUCCUCUAAUGACAGAACAUGCUGGGAAGAGUGGUCGUCCAGCAAUUUCAAGUCUAAAUGCCCCACCAUUUAUGGCAAUGGAACUUUGUCGUGAGCAUUUGGGAGUUCAUUGGUGUGAUAAGAGAAGGAGUGUAACGGAGUACAAACCUCUUUUUCCCGCUAUUGAUUUUUCACUGAUAGAAACUGAUGAGGACACUCUCUGGACUCUAGAUGUUAGAGAAGCUAAUGAAGCACUGGCUGAGAGGGGCCAGAAAUUCUUGAAUUGGUUGUGGACGAGGGAGGAAUCUGAGAUAGCUAUUGUUACUCACAGUGGAUUCUUAAUUCAUACCCUUUCUGCAUUUGGAGAUGAUUGCCAACCUCUUGUGAAGGAAGAGAUCUGCAAACCAUUCAACAAUUGCGAACUUCGAUCGAUGGUCUUUGUGGACAGAAGUAUGGUCGCUUCAAGUUCCUCAAAGACUAAUUUCCCUGGAAAAAUUCCAGAUGGGACCGACGCUCCUAGCGAAGAUGCCAUUGAGAAGAAGUGAUUUUUCCUCAAGACAAGACAAGAUGGUUAAAGUGAUUGAUUCAUCCCCUUUUCCUAUCAGGGGAAGUAUAAUUGUGGUUCAUUUUGAAGACAUUUAAACUCAUACCAUAACAUAGUUUUAUGGUUAGUACCAACUUUAGCACAAAAUCAUUAUGUUGCACGGAAAGUGCUCAUCACAUGUAUUCUUGGACUGGUUGCUCAUAAAACCAGAAGAUCAGCUUCGACUGUUUGACCUUAUCAAAUUCCAAAACUUCUGUUAUCAUCA